AUGGCACCAUCCGACACAUCUUAUGAUAACUAACAGCAGUUCAUGCAGCACCAGUCAAGUCAAUCUAGUAUUCAUCACCCUUAGAUCAUCAGCUAGACUUAAGUGCAAUCCUUAUAAAAAUCAAACUCUUAAAAUCAAAUCCAAUAGCCUGUAAUUUUCCCUCCUAGACAGUUUCAACAGCAUCAAUAGUAGAAUUACUAAGCACCACAGCACAAAUUUAUAAGUCAAGCAUCAAGCAACUCACAAUUGAUUUAAAAUUCAUACCAAGGAGCUUCUUAAUCAAAGGAAAGAGACUAAUCUCAAUCUAUUUUGAAUCUAUCUGACUCUGUAGAGCAAAUUUCUCAUUCGCAAUAGCAGCCAGUUAGUAGUAAUUAAGGCUAACCCUCAGCUCUUGUAAGGCAACUUUCAGAAAAAGUUAGAUCUCAGGCUGAGAGAUUGCAAAGACUGGAAUCUUAUAAAUAACUAUGUGAAAAGCGUAUUGUCGAAUUAGACUCCAAACACCCAGUUCCUGUACUUCCCCAGCACAUGGGCUAGAAAUCAUUUUCUUAAGGUGAGUAACCUUAGAGCAUGGCAGAAGUCAAAAGAUAAUUAGCAAUUAAGGAAUAAGAUCUCAUGUAUGCCAAGCAAAGAAACGAAAAAUUACUAUAAGAAAUAGAUAACCUGAAAAAGAGCAAUUAAUCGAAUGAAUUACAGAUUAAUUCAGACUAGACUUAAGAAGCACUGAGAAGAGAGAUUUAGAUAAAUGAAUAGCUCUCAAGACAGUUAGAAGUCUUGAACUAAGGUAAUAUUCUUGACAAGAUUAAGUAACUUGAGGAUGAGAAGAAUGCUCUACUAGACUACAUAGAGGAGAACAUUGAAAAAUCUCAGUAAAACACAAAUCGAUCUCUCUCUGAAGCUAAUAAUACUCAAGAUAAGGUAAAACAGCUUGAGUAUGAGAAGAGUAAACUUUUCUAACUCUGUGAAAACUUGAAAUACACAGAAGCAUAGAACCGUCAAAAGGUUAUAGAACUAGAAGAGCAAUUAAGCAGAGGAGCUCCACCUCAGGAAUUAAAUGGCUUAAAGUAGUAAUUACAAGAGAUCUAGCAGAGAUACAACUCUAAAUGUGAGGAUUACAAUAGUUUGGUAUAAAAGAUAGAUCCCAAUUUCUAAGAGAAUACGUUUGGAAACAUUGAAGAUUUGCAACAAAAACUAAUCGAUCUGAAUUCAUUGUAAAGAGAGUUAGAUUUUAGCAAGGAAUAGUUUGAGUCAACACUCGGUAAUGUCAAAAAGGAAAGAGACUCAAUGAAGUCAAGAAUUGAUACUUUAGAUCAAAGAAAUAUGGACUUAGAAGAGAAACUAAGAAGAGUUGAGAAGGAAAAAGAGGAGUUAUGGACAAGAGCGAAAGAUCAGUAUCAGGGUGAGAGUGAAAGAGUAGAUGAGCUGUUGUAUGAAAAUGACAAUCUUAGAAAAGAACUUGAUAAGCAACAUUUAAGAAUCAAGACUCUAUAAGAGAACUCAAGUACUUUAUCGUAAACUCUAAAUGAGACUUAGUAAGAAUUGGAAAAUUUAGUGAAUGAUCAUGAGAAACUAAGUGAGGAGUACUAACGAGUCAAGUUGAUAAGUGAAGAUCUUGAAAAUGAAAGGGACAGGCUACAGAAUCAAAAUGAGGAAUUUGAGAGAGAGAUUUAAAAGCUCAGAGUUGAUGUAAUUGAGUUAAGAAAAGAAACUGCAAGACAGAGAGACGAUUUGUCAUAGAAUCAUAUUUAGAUCUCCAACUUGAAUGACUAGUUGUACAGAGCAGAUAUAGACAACCGAGAAAUAAGGCAUAAAUUCUAGCAAGUCUAGACUGAACUCAACCAAGUCUAAACUCUCCAGCAAGAUAGAAUCGACAAGCAGUCAAAGGAAUGGGAAUACACCAUUGGUGAUUUGACCAGAGAACUUAAGUACGUUUAGGGCGAGUUGACUGAGAAGGAGAACAUAUUCUAAAGAGUAGAGUAGGAGUUGAAGAACAAGUUGAUGUGUCUCGAAGAGGUUACUUCAGAGAAGAUUGAUCUGAGAAAGAGAAUUGACGACUUGCAAAGUGAGUUGAGGCACAUACAAAAUGCUAAGAUUGAAAAGGAGGAGAAGUUAAAGAUGUAGAUACACAAGAAUGAACAGCUGCUCGAGGAGUUGGAAAGAUUGAAUGAGGCUUAUACCACCAUUAGAGAUGAAAAGGAAGCGACACUUGUGGUUAAAGUAGAGAAGGAGAGGGAAAUUGAAUACUCUCAGAGGUAACUAUAGAAGAUUAGAAAAAUUGCUGAAAGAGUGAUGAAGAGUCUCAAAUCAUUAUCAAAGUAAACUCAAGACUUUACAUCUGAGCAGAGAAUGAAAGCAGUUACUUCUUAGUAGUCUUUACUUAGCAAUUAAAACAUUAAGACAUGUAGCAACUAGGAUGGUUCUACAUCGCAAGAUCCUGAACCAUUGCUUCUAGAUUCAGAGCAGUACAUCUACCAUUUAAAUGAAUCCUUCACAGCCAUCUACAGCCAGUACAAGUAUCAAAUUAAGUAGAUUAGUGAGCUCAAGUCAGAGCUUUCUCUUGCCUAGUAAAAGAUAGUUUAACUAGACUCACAAUGCAAGAAUAUGAGUGAGGAGGAUGUCGACGUCAGAGAGAAGAUAAGGUAUAUGGAAACUGAAAUUGAUACUUUGAGGGAGAAGCUGAGAUUGAAGGAUGAAGAGAAGAAAGAGCAGUACAUGAGGGAAGAUAAGAUUCAAAGAUAGAAUCAUUAGAUCAAGCAGCAACUAGAAGUGUGCAGGAAUGAACAAGAAAAGUUGCUGAUGCAGAUCAAGUCACUGUUGGUUGAAAAGGAGAGACUGAAUGAGGAGAACAAGUAAAGAAUUGACAUGGCGGAGAAUGAUCUAGACAGAGUUAAGCAGUUGGAGGUCAAACUGUCAUAAAUAUAUACUCAAAAGGAAAUGCUUAUGGGACUACUAGAAAAGAUCAAGGAGGGCAUGCCUACUGAUAAUCUGCAAAGAAUAAUUGCUGAGAUAAUCGCAAGUAUUAACGAGCGAUUCAGAAUUGAAGAGGAGUGUUAGAGCUGCGAGAGCUAAUUGCUUCAAAUGGAAGGAGAAUUGAGAUAGUUUGCUAAGAAAGAGAAUUAAGGCCUGACCUUGCUGAGUACUAAGGUGAUUAACAUGAGAAAGGAUGUUGAUAAGCAGAGACAACUAUUAAGAGAAAUUCAGGAGCAAAAGGAAAUUAUCUAAAAAAGAAUUGAAAGUUUAGAUUAAGAACUUAGAUGUACUGAGUUAAGUGAAAGAAGAAGGUGUGAUGUUGCGCUAGAUACUGAAAAGACAUUGACAGAGGCAAAGUUUGAGAUUUCAAACUUAAAGAGAGAAAUAUAAUUUGUGAAUUCAAAUAGAAAAGAUUUAGAAGUAGCACUUGCAGCUGUUUAAGAGGAGAAAAAGAUGAUCGAAAGGGAGCUAUUAUCACUAAGAGCUUAACUUCAAAUGAAAGUAAACAAUAGCAAAUAAUCAACCAUGAUGAAUCCUCAUGCAUCAACUCUACCACCUCUCAAUGCUGGAGCAGCAUUGAGGCAGGGUGAUCUUCUUUUCAGCAAUACUAAUUCAUAACUAAACAAUAACAAUAUCAAUCACAAUGCUACAAAUAACAAUAGCAUGAUAAACAACAUAAAUGCUACCAAUAAUAUUGGAAAUUAUGAUAGCUUGAUAUCUCAAAAAGAUGGGAAUUAAAGCCAAAUCAAUAAUACUAACAAUAUGAUUAAUCUUUAAUUCUAAAAUCAGACUAAUAAAGUGCUGCAUUUCACUGAGCAGAAGGCUAACAAUAAUGAAUUAUUGUUACUGGCAGAUAGAUUUACAUCAGCUGAGAAGAAUCAAAGAAUAAUGCUCACGGGUGGAAUGAAUUCCUCCAGAAAUUAAUCUAGAUUAGGUAAUCCAUUGGAUGACGCUGAGAAUAUACAGCCAAAUAGGUUGAAUCUCGGAGUGAAUUUACUUUCCUAGAAUAACAAUCAAUUAAACAACAACAGACCAGCAACCUAGUUACAACACUAUAAGAGCUUUUAAUCACUUGAUCAACCAUUAAAUUACUCUGAAAAGCCAAUCAGCUCUCAUCAGACUAGUAUUUAAAGGCCACCACUUAACCAGACUAACUAAGCGACAAAUGGUGGCAAUAACCUAAGUAUGCUUAACAGAAAUGACAAUAUUAAUAACAGUAUAAAUUCCUUCAAGCGGCCAUUAACUAACAGAUCUGGUAGCUAGCAAAAGCUAGGUCGUGAUUAUGAAGAUAGCCUUGAUGAGUAUGGAGAUGAAAAAGAGUAUCCAAUUAGAAACUCUCUAAAGUAAAGGUUGAAUUAAGUUAAAAAUGUGUUCUCAGCCAUCAGAAGAAAUCUUGAGGACCAAACAGACUCUAAUAUUGAAUAGAAUCUAUGA